GCAAAGGUCCAGCAGGUCCACAAAAUCCGGCAGACAGAGACAUUAUAGGCCGUUCACGAUGUAACAGGAACCGAGUCCACUUUCACAAGAAUCCCCUACGUCAUGGUCCAGACUUUUAUUCUGCGAUCCGGUUUGGGGUCGCCACAGCCAUGAAGGAAACUACUUAUUGCGGGCAUCUCAGCCGGCCCUGGUUCCACCAAUUGUCGCAAUUCACAUAUCACCGCUGGAGUCCUCUUUGAGUCAAGCGCAAGUUCACCAUGGCCAACCCAACGAGAAAGAUUGUCUGCUUUUCAGACUUUGACGGAACGAUUUUCAUGCAAGACACGGGCCACGUCCUCUUCGAUAACCUGGGGUGUGGCGAGAAGCGCCGUCAGAUGCUCGAUGAGCAGAUCAAGUCCGGUGAACGAUCCUUCCGGGAAGUCUCCGAGGAGAUGUGGGGGUCGUUGCGGGUUCCAUUUGAAGAUGGGUUUGAAGUUAUGAAAAAGGAACUGGAGAUUGAUCAGGGCUUUAAGGAAUUUCACCAAUUCUGCAUUGACAACGGGAUCAUUUUCAAUGUCAUCAGUGCUGGCUUGAAGCCCAUUUUGCGGAAAGUGCUGGACGCUUUCUUAGGCCAGGAUGAAUCAUCACAAAUUGGCAUUGUCGCAAACGAUGCACAGAUCAAACCCGACGGUUCGGAGUGGAAACCGAUCUGGCGGCACGAAACCGAACUCGGCCACGACAAGGCCCUUUCCGUGAAGGAAGGCCGUGCGCAGGCCGAAGAAUUGAGCGAUGAGAACGAGGUCCCCCUCAUUAUAUUCAUCGGCGAUGGAGUCUCCGAUCUGGCAGCCGCCCGGGAAGCCGAUGUGCUUUUUGCCCGGAAGGGACUCCGAUUGGAGGAAUACUGCAUUGAGCACAGUAUCCCCUACAUCGGCUUUGACAGCUUCACCGACGUGAAGAAAGAGGUGGAGAAGAUUAUGAAGGAGGAUCAAGAGAAGACUGGCGGCGUGGGUAAACCGGCUCGGUUUAACCCCCGCGCAAACAUGUGGAGACGGGUCUCUAGCAAGCAAGCAGUCCCUAAGUUUGUCGCCGCGACCCCGUCAAAGGAAGAGAAGAUGUUCCUUUGGCCGGAGAAUUUCUCCCAGUACCAACCUAAGCCUGUUCCGGAAAACAUGGCUUCUUAGAGCGCGCUUUCAACCCAACCUGCAUAACGUGAUGUAUGCAGUAUAGAUAUAGAUACAGUUGAGGGGCCAGGAAGGGUUAUGACCCCAUUCAUUUCAGGCGCAGUGUACAUAGGAAAGGAU